AUGUAUUUUGGGCCAUCAGCCCAUUUAUUAGCCCAAAACCAGGCCCACUUGAUUUACGUUAAUUUUCUUAAAAUAUAAAAAAAAAGAAAAAAAAAUGGAGAAGGAUCCGAACUCCAGGAUGAAGCUCAACGUCGGCGGGAAGCUCUUCGAGACCACGCCGGCCACCAUCGGAACCGCCGGACAAGCCGCCGCCGGGAGGUACAGCGAUCCCCUCUUCAUCGACCGUGAUCCCGAGCUCUUCUCCCUCCUUCUCUCCACCCUUCGCUCCAAUCGUCUUCCCUUCACCGCCUCUCGCUUCACCAAGCGAGCUCUGAUCGAUGAAUCCAUCUAUUAUGGUGUUGAAUCCCGCCUCCGCUCCUCCAUGGCUCCACCGCCCUUCGUCGGCAUCGACGCUGGGCUCGCCACCACCAUUAUCCCUGCGUCCCAUGCUUUCCCCACCGCCAUCGCCGCUGGAUCACACGACGGAGCUCUCUGGAUUGCCCAUGGAGGCCAGAUUUCUUCCUAUGAUUGGAGUCUCACCCACUUCGGCACCAUCCGGACCCAUCUCGAUGAUAUCACAUCCAUCCGCCGCCUCUCGCCGGAGGUGGCAGUCAUCGGUUCUCUAGACUCCCCUGGGCUUCACUUCUACGAGAUCUCCAGUGGCCACCAUCGUGGAUCGACCCACUGGUCCGAUCCCUCUGAUCUGAGGCUCUACAAGGCCCGGGUCACCGCCGUCGUCAGCGACGCGGACAUGACACACCCAAUCUUUGCUGCUUUCGAAGCUCCGCAUAAAGAGAACUGCAUCACGGCGGUGGACAGGGUGACCUUGCAGGUCGUGGCCCAGUUCGGGCGUCUAAGUGGGAGCUCGAGCAAGGUGGCGUCGGCGGGGAAGCUGGCCCAUUUACCCGAUAAGAGUCUGGUGUUCUCGUCGGCUGUGAGCUCCGGAGCAUUCGGGUACUCUGGUUACAUGAGGCUUUGGGAUCCGAGGACAGGGGCAAUGGUGUGGGAGACGUGUGAGCCGGGUGGCAGUGGAGGGAGGAGGUUCGGAGACGCGUUUGCUGAUGCCGAUGUUGGUGUGGAGGAGGGGGCAAUCUACAAAGUGUGCUGGAAGUCUGGAGAUGUAGCAAUGGCGGACAUGAGAAGGCUGGGAGAUGACCCUUGGGUGUACUUUGAAGGACCCUGGGUUGCUGAACCCGGCGGCGGUGAGGGUAGUAUCUUGCAUUGCUAUAAGAAGCAGGUAUUUGUGGGGAAAGAUGAAGGCUUGGAGGUUUGGUCACAGUUGGAUGGUCAGUUUAGGAGGAAUUAUGUGGAUGCUGAGGAAGAUGCCAAGCGAGGGAACAUUAGGAUAAUGGAAGGUGGUGGUGAUCGGUUCUUCUUGAGCAGGGAGAGGAUGGAGGGUGUUGAGGUAUGGGAGAGCUCUGAAUUAUCUGGUGCCAUUGCUAUAUGCUGAAUCAUUCAUUUCUGCUCGCAAUUCCUCUGCCAAACUCGGAGCUAGAGAAGGAAGGGAUGAGCAUCAGGCAGUAGAGAGCUUGACUCUGAUACUCCGGCUGCUACCAAAGCUAAGACGAAAAACACCUGCGGCAAGGAAACCAAGCG